CUAUAGCUACCCCCAACACACUUUUGCUCUUCGGUUGUUGAUAGAACGCGCGCCAAAGAAAGGAAUACAAUUUGCUUUGAAGUGUCUCGAAAUGUUUGGUAUUUCAUAUGGAGAGCUCUUCCUUUUGAUUGGAGCCACUGCUGCUCUAGUCGGACCUAAGGAUCUGCCUAAAAUUGCAAGAGCAGCUGGGAGGUUAGCAGGUCGAUCAAUUGGAUAUGUUCAAUUAGCUCGGGGCCAAUUCGAUAAUGUUAUGCAACAAUCUCAAGCUCGUCAGGUUCACAAAGAGCUUCAAGAUACAAUGGCACAACUAGAUGCAAUUCGGCAUGAAAUACGGAGUUUAUCUCUUGUGAAUCCUGGUCCUAUGACUAGAAGAAUGAUGGAAAAUCCUCCAGAGCCUGCUUCUGAUAGUAAUGUUACAGAUCCACCCGAGAAAAGUGAAGAAGAUAAGAAUUCAACUGAUACUGUGAAGAAUCCAAUCGAUACCGUGAAGAAUUCAACUGAUUUGCAUAGCCAAGCGACUGCCUAUGCAAGAUUGGCUGAAUCUGAAGCUCUUAAAGCUGGUUCAGUGAGGUGCAAUGUAGAAGAGGAAAAUCUUAAAUAUGAAUUUGGUGACUUCCCCGUUCUUCCAGUUUCAGCUGAAAGUGCCGGACUCCUUCCAGAUCGGAAAGAAGGUGCAAAAGCAUCAGACAUUGUGUUGGAAGCAGUAGUGGAGGCAGAGGUGGCUCGUAAUGCCAAGGAGUUCUUUUCUCUGCCUCAAAAUCAAAUACAGUAAAUAAGAAGGUAUUUCCUAUUUAGUCUUCGCUAUCACCCGAGCAGUAUAAUCAUGUUUCGAUUCCUGCCUCAAGAUCAAAAUAUGUAGUGUUGCCUUGUUCAUCCUUGCCAAUUAAUUCAAUUUGCCCUGUGCUCUGAUACAAGCUAGGCUUCCAAUAUGAUUUAUUUCUUUACUUUUAUUUCAAGAAGUUUUCUCAACUUUUGAGUUGAACUCUUUGGUGUCGGCUCUCGAUGUCCAUAAUCUUGCCCAAGACCUGUGUAUUUAGUUCUAGUAUCGAAGUAACAUUAUUGUUAAGCAUUUAACAUGCAUUAGAAAAAUACUAUAAGGGAGAAA